AUGUCGAGCAGACAGCUUAGCGACACCAAAAAUGCCCUGGUAUCGAAUCCAGAGGCGCUCUCAGACCCCGACUACUCAGAUGACGAGAAUGUCCUGCCUGGCGAGGAGAUCGCUGCGGAUGACGACUUGCUCGACGGCGAAGACUCGGACACGGACGAAAUCAUCUGCACCCACUCUCGGGUGCACUCCAUUCCCGCCCUGAAGCUGGAACGCUUCAAGAAGGUUCUACGCAUCUGUCUACGACAGAACGCUAUCCAGCGGAUCGAGGGUCUAUCGUCUCUGGGCGAAACGCUCCAGGAACUUGACUUUUACGACAAUCUCAUCUCACACAUCCACGGGCUCGAUGAGCUUACCAAGCUCACGUCUCUGGACCUGAGCUUCAACAAGAUCCGCCACAUCAAACACAUCAAUCAUCUCACGGAGCUCACGGACCUCUACUUCGUCUCCAACAAGAUCGGCCACAUCGAGAACUUGGAUGGGCUCAACAAGUUGCGCAUGCUCGAGCUCGGCUCGAACCGCAUCCGCGUUAUCGAAAACCUCGAUUCCCUCAAAGCCCUGGAGGAGCUUUGGUUGGCCAAGAACAAGAUCACCGAGCUCACUGGCCUCGGUGGCCUGCCCAAGCUUCGUCUGCUCAGUAUCCAGUCCAACCGCAUCCGCGACUUGUCACCCCUGAGCGAGGUUCCGCAGCUCGAGGAGCUAUACAUAUCGCACAACGCGCUCGAGAACGUCUUGGGACUGGAGAAGAACACGAAUCUCCGCAUUCUCGAGAUCUCAAACAACAAGAUCACGAGUAUCAAGGGCCUGAAGCCGCUCGUGCACCUUGAAGAAGUCUGGGCAAGCUACAACCAGAUCUCCGACUUCAUGGAGAUGCAGGAAGAGCUGGCGGACAAGAAGGAGCUCACGACGGUCUAUUUCGAGGGCAACCCGGUCCAGCUACGGGGCCCGGCCCUGUACAGGAACAAGGUGCGGCUGGCUCUGCCGCAGGUGCAGCAGAUUGAUGCGACGUUUGUCCGCACUUGA